AUGAAUUCCGAAGAAACUAUUUUUAUUAAAUCAGAAAAAGAAACCUACAAAGAGAUAAAAGUAGAAAGUAUAGAGCUAAAAUUUGACAAUAAUGCUACAAUAUUACGAGAUGUAAAAGGCAUCUCUUCAAAUAGCAACAAUAAUAAUAAAUGUUCAAGUAAUAAAAGAUCUGUUAAUAAUGUUGAUAAAGAUCCCGAAACACUUGCUGCAGAGUUAGCCAUUAAAAGAGCAAGAAAUACAGAUGCUGCUCGUCGUAGUAGACAUCGUAAAGUUAUGAAAAUGGAAUCACUUGAAAGCCAAGUUUCAGAAUUAUCAUCAAAAAACCAUACAUUAAAAACUCAUUUAGCUGUAUUGGAAAUUGAAAUAAAAGGUUUAAAUGAGAAAAAUGAAGAAAAUGAUUCAAGAAUUAAAAAAUUAGAAAUUCAAUUGGCUGAAACUUAUGAAAAAAUAAUUACAUCAAAUUGGGAAGAAAUUGUUGAUAAUUUUGAUAGUAUGAAUCUUAAACCUGACCUUCUUCGUGGUAUUUAUGCAUAUGGAUUUGAAAAACCCUCAGCAAUUCAACAAAGAGCCAUCCUCCCUGUUAUAAAAGGACAUGAUGUAUUAGCUCAGGCACAAUCAGGAACAGGAAAAACAGCGACAUUUUCUAUUUCAAUACUUCAAAAACUUGAUGUGGCUAUUAGUCAUUGUCAAGCACUUAUUCUUGCACCAACUCGUGAAUUAGCACAACAAAUUCAAAAGGUAGUGAUCGCGCUUGGAGAUUUUAUGAAUGUCGAAUGUAAUGCAACAAUUGGAGGCACAAAUGUCCGUGAAGAUAUUAAAAAACUUGAAGCAGGUGUUCAUGUAGUUGUAGGCACACCAGGCCGUGUAUUUGAUAUGAUUAAUCGUAAAGCUUUAAAAACUGAUCAUAUAAAAAUGUUUGUGCUUGAUGAGGCAGAUGAGAUGUUAUCACGUGGCUUUAAAGAACAAAUCUAUGAUGUUUUUCAAUUACUUCCACCUAGUACCCAAGUUGUACUUUUAUCAGCUACAAUGCCAUCUGAUGUUCUUGAAGUGACCACUAAAUUUAUGCGUGAUCCUGUAAGAAUUUUAGUUAAACGUGAUGAAUUGACAUUGGAAGGUAUUAAGCAAUUUUAUAUUGCAGUUGAAAAAGAAGAAUGGAAACUUGAUACUUUAUGUGAUUUAUAUGAAACAGUUACAAUAACUCAAGCAAUCAUUUUUUGUAAUACCAGAAGAAAGGUUGAUUGGUUAACAGAUAAAUUACAUUCCAGAGAAUUUACAGUAUCAGCCAUGCAUGGAGAUAUGGAGCAAGCUCAACGUGAUGUUAUUAUGAAGGAGUUUCGUUCAGGAUCUUCCCGUGUACUUAUUGCCACUGAUAUUUUAGCCCGUGGUAUUGAUGUUCAACAAGUAUCAUUGAACUAUAUUCAUCGUAUUGGCAGAGGAGGGCGUUUUGGUAGAAAAGGAGUUGCUAUUAAUUUUGUUACUAGUGAGGAUGUUCGAAUGCUUAGAGAUAUAGAACAAUUUUAUAAUACACAAAUCGACGAAAUGCCAAUGAAUGUGGCAGAUUUGAUCUAA